AUGCAGCCCAAUUUUGCCCGGGGCUUUCCCCCGACCGCCCAACGGUCUCCAGCCACACCCCGUCGCGUACCAGGACCAGGUCAAAUGCCUGUCCCAAUGCCCCAGCACCCUAUUCCUGCCCAGUACAUGCCCGUUCAGCGCCCGAUGCAGCCAGCUCCGGAGCCCCCUCGCCGCGCCCUUAAACCUACCGACAAGAAUAUUCCCGACGACAUCGAAGAUGCUGUCAUCGGCGAAGGUGUUCAGCAAUACAAGAGCCUUCGCGAGCUGGAGAAGCGACUUGAUGCUUCCGUCGUGCGGAAAAGAUUGGACAUUCAAGACUCGAUUAGCAAGACCGUGAAGAAAUAUCGGACCAUACGCAUUUGGAUCACCAACACUGUUGAAAACCAGCCAUGGCAGGGUGCCGGCAACAACCCAGGCUCGGGUCGGUAUAAGGUGCGCAUUGAAGGGCGACUGCUGGAUGAUAACAACGAUCUUUCUGAGUCUGUGGAUGAAAACCAGCGCGACGCAGCUGGAGAUGAUGCCAUGGAUCAGGACAAGAGCGAAGAUGAUAAGAGCAAGGAAUCCGAUUCCAAGAAAACGUCUCAGCGUUUCUCGCACUUCUUCCAGACUAUUUCGGUUGAUUUUGAUAAGCCUGCCAAUGCUAUCCCGGAUGAAGUCAAGCCGGUCAAUUGGUCCAAACCGCAGCUACCUCCCAAUGCGACGUCAGCACCGCCAAAUGCCGAAUUUGAUAGCAUUGAGUUCGCGCGAGCCUCGCAGGAAAAUCUGAAUGUUACUAUCAGUUUGGUACGGGAUGAGACUCCUGAGCGAUUCAAGCUGAGCAGGGAGCUAGCUGAAGUGCUUGACGUUGAAGAAGAGACCCGGAGCGGCAUUGUGCUUGGAAUCUGGGACUAUAUUCGUGCUAUGGGCCUGCAAGAAGAUGGCGAGAAGCGCACAGUGCGCUGCGACCAGCGUCUGUACUCGAUCUUCGGUCGCGAGCAGAUGUUCUUCCCGCAGAUUCCUGAGAUGAUCGCGCCCCACACUAGCCCUAUUGAUCCUAUUAAGCUUCCAUACACUAUCCGUGUCGAUGAAGAUUUCCACAAAGACCCAACACCAACCAUCUACGAUAUCCAGGUCGCCGUUGAAGAUCCCCUGCGCGCAAAGAUGAUGACUCUCAUCCAGAACCCACAAUACACCUCUGUCAUGCGCCAGAUCUCCACAUUGGACGACCAGGUCGCCCUCAUCGUUCAGGCGCUCACUAACUCUCGUGCGCGCCACGCCUUUUUCACGGCCCUGAGCAAGGACCCGGCCAACUUCGUGAAGCGCUGGGUCAACUCCCAGCGCCGUGACCUCGAGAGUAUUCUCGGCGAUAUCAACUCUGGCGGUGACGCCAGUGGGCCUGAGUUCCGUCGUGGUGGUGAGAACAGUGUUUGGAAUUCUGCCGUAGCAAAUGAAGCCGUCCGGUAUAUGCUGGCCAAACCCGAUGCUGCAGGUGCUCGGUAG